GGAAACUUCAGCAAUAAGAGGUGAUAGUUUCGACUAGUCUUUACUUUACCACACAAGAGGAAAAAAUAACACACUUAGAAAGAAAAGAAAAAACAACAGCAAACAGAAAUAAUAGCACAUCAUAUUUUUAGUCAACGAUGGAAGCUGUUACCAGUUCUCUAAAUAAAAGCAUUCAUGUUAAGAAUCCUCCAACAAGUUGGCAGACAGAAGAGGAUAUUUACAAAGAAGUUCAACAAGAUGCUGAAGAUACAUGUCUUUUAUGGAAUUACCAAUCUUUGGAAGUUCCCGACAUUUUAUCAAGCAUUAAUGAAGAAAUUCCACGACAAUGUUACAAAGCAUUGCAGUAUUCAUUAUUCGAAACCGGUUUCCCAGAGACGCAAGACAGAACAUCCAAAGUUAAGGCUCUCUCCCAUCAACAGGUUUCAAUCACCGUUUUAUCAUCUCCUGUUGAAUGUCUGAGUGUUUUGUUAGAAGGAGGCGAACAAUGUCCUGGAAAUAUGCUCCUGGUUCUCUCAGAUUCCUGGCUUAGCAAGGAACCAUCUUCUACACAAAGUUGCAAAUUCUCUUUGUACGUCAACAAGGCCAUAGCUUUCUAUAAAGGGGGCUACAGUUUCCUAGAGACGUAUCAACCGCCACGUCGUGUGACUUACUUUGUCAAUUUCUUCACGGCCAACUGCACUGGAAAUGCACACACGGAAGGUGAACACCUUGAACAAAACUUGGACUGUCCUAUGAGUAGUUCAUUGAAGCUGUUGAGUUAUACCGAUAACAAACUGUUGACUCGAACAUUGGCUGCCCAGGCUGGUGUACCUUAUCCAACCACACUGGCGUUUAUAAAACAUUCUAACGUCGUAUUGGAUAUGAGAGGGCUACAGAUCACUGUCCAAGUCAUACCAGAAAACAUUUCCGACAAACAACUGCAGUUGACCUUCAAGGAUAAAAUCGAAACGUUUUUAGCCACCCACAGUUUCAAUAAGCUUGUUAUAAAACCCUCCGGUCCUUCGUGGUUUGGAAGCAAACUGGUGUCUUUCAAUAAACCCAUUGUGGAAGAAUUAGUGGAAACAGCAGUUUCAGUUUACCACAGAUUAGAAGAAGGUGAUGCAGUAAUUUUAGAAGAAUGCAUUGACAACUUACCUGUUACUGAAGAUUACAACUUUCGUGUUAGAACAACAGUAUGUCGAACAUCAGAUGACCUUCCACAUGUGUCAAAGAUUGUCUGUGGCAUUUCCAAGUCAAUAAACCAAGACUAUAUUGUCCCACAGUCAUUGAAAGCAUCUCUCAAAACUUGGCAUGUCUCAGAAGAAAAUAUAAAAGUCAUCAAGAACAAGCUGAUCAGCAUGUCUGAACGGACUCUGAAAGCCAUCAUGUCCUUUGAGGACACACUUAACGAAGACGAACGAGGUGGAAUUGGUGCUCAGACAGAUAUAAUUGGACUUGACUUUUUAGUGCAGAAAACUCAGUCAGAAUUCAAACCUGUGUUAAUUGAAGUGAAUGGACGUGAUUGCCUGAAAAACUGCCAAAUUAAUGAAUUCAUCAAUAGAGACAAACUUGGAGAAGUUGUCAAAGAACUGGUGAAUACCAUGAUUUCAAGAUCCGAACGUUUUCUGGUGAAAGGUAAAACUGUUCUUUUCAUCGGUGAUGGAGGGUACGGAAAACGGUUUACUUUGAAGGACACCAGAGGCUACGGAAUUAAGGUGAAUAUUUGAAGUAUAUUUCCUGGCUUGUUUGCUGUUUUUUUUUUAUAAUAGUUGGUUUGGCAUAACAGUCAAGCAAUAAAUCCUCUCAAUUUUCAAGUCAAUUCAAAUAUUUUUGAUUGUCAAAAAUGGGUGAAAGUGAAUGGUCAUGUGGGAACCAACAAGCUUUGAGUUAUUUGUGUUAUGCACUCCAGAUUUAUCUCCCUUGGAUUAUAGUUUCAUGGCUUUCUAUGUAAGUGGUACUCUACAUCUACUACAUGUGGAAAAUUCUGUCUGUGGGUGUGUUUGUUUGUGGAUUUGUUACCUAAUUCCUCCAACAUCAUUUUAUCAAUUUUGAUGAAACUUGACACAUGAGUAGAACUAA